AUGUCGGGAUCAAGUCUGCGCUUCCUCGUGGCCGUAGCUUUUGUGGCACAGAUCAUCGCAGCUCAGCGGAAGCUAGAGACUGGAACGAAACUGGAAUGGCCUGCGUUACGGUUCCACUUUACCAUCAAGCAAGAGUCCAUGAAGGUGUACGACCAGACAUCUUUCGACAUGUACGCUAACCCGAUUGUCCUGGACGGUAACAAAGAUGUUUUGUACGACGUGUACGCCACCUUCACACAACCCAAGGCUCUGCAUAACUACACUCUCGUGGACGGUAUCGCGUACUCGGAGAUGACUCCUUUUACAACUGGAAGCUCAUCGGGCACGCCGACCCCUCAAACGGUGUGCUUGGACUCCGAGUCCGGCAAACUCCCGGCCAUCAACUCUAUCGUGGCUGCUGUAAACGAGGCCACGGCUGCGUCUGGAAAUGGUAGUGCAGCUUCCACGUGCGCGACGGGGAGUUCGUAUGAGGCGACGAUCAAUGGCGGAGACUACGAGAUCUGCGUUUCAGGAACGAGUGGUUUUACCAUGAAGGGCAGCGAUAUGGACAUGUCGGUGGAGUAUUUGGAGAGUCACAUCGAUAUUCGAGCCCCGACGAUGGACCGCAAGGAGGCGAGUAAAUGUAAAGACUUGGGACUUUCGAGCUCCGUGAGCGCAGUUGGACAUGCUCUUCUCACCGGCGAGCCGAUGCCCUCUGGGAAGAAAGGGAAGCGAGGCAUCGAUCUCGAUUGA